CUAAUGGGUUUCCUGCGUCAUUGCCACGAAACUACCGUCGUCGUCACCUUGAGUGCAUCUGGGAAAGCAUGUAUUGCAAUAAUGGUCUAAUAUGGUUGCCGGGUUCUAUUAAACGAUAAUCUUCACGGACAUGGAUUUCAUUCUUUCUUUGACGCAUUUCUGCGAGGUGCAUGGUCCUACCUCGAUCAUCUGCUCGCAGGUCCUACCGUUCCCUUGUACUCAGUGCUAUCCCGACAAAUCUGACUUUUCUCCCGACGAUACUCCUGCAACUUCUCACGACACCGUUUCAUCCCACGGCCUGCAGAGCCGCGCGAACAACAAAUACUCUCUCAAUACUAAACCAUCUGAGAGACAUGUCAACCCAUCCGACAGGUCUCCCAGAAUCGAAGACCAUCCAUACUUUCUUAAAGGUCAAACCUCACCAGGUGAAACACAACAAAAGUUCAAUUUCCUAGGAGGCGCGGACGGCGACACUUGUGCCAGUUGUAGCUUGACUUUGCCCGAAGAUGUGAGCAAACAGCUACCGCCCGGUGCUCCAGGAACGGCCCGGAGUGACGGCAAGGGGAGGAAUGGUAGCCCUGUCUUGCGAUCUAGAGAAGUCGUCUAUUCCUGCGGCACCAGUCAUGCUGAUCACGACGAGAGUACACACGACCCGCAUGCUCAUGCGUCCUUCCCGGACUCCCUCCAUUCGUCCUCCGUUACAUCGGACGCCUCUUGUCAUACACAUAUACUCACCUACCUCUCAUUGCGCGGGCCCCCCAACCCGGCAGAUUACGCGCUUCUUCGACGCUCCUCAAUCCGGACACUCAGCUGCGAACUUCUACCGCGAGGUCUUUCCUCCGGGCCUCUAUGCUUUGGAGAUUCUACUGCGGGCUAUACGAUUGCCUAUAUCUUUCGCCUGCCCGACCCCAUGGCUCGCGGGAAACGGCGUAGCUACGCUCUUGUGGCAUUGGCAGGCAAAGACGCCGGAAGAGCAUUUCGGGCCUGUCCUGCGAUCUGGCGCACGUUCGGUCGAAUUGCGGCGGGAAUAGUUCACUCGGCAGAGAAAUACCAGGAAGAAGAAAAGCGCCGCGAUGAACAGAACAACGGGUCAAAUCGACGCGGGAGUAGACAGUACACACCGGUCUCCUCUUUUCUCACGGGACGCGCCAUUGACCCGGAUGGGCAGUCCCGCCGACCUGGCCAGGUCCGGGCACGCAACCUUUCGGAGAUUGUGGGAAACCAAUACAUCUUUGCUGAGAUACAUGCAAACUUUGUUGCGCUCUUACAGCAGCUGGGCACGAUGUUUGGGACCGCCUCUAUCUCGGAGGAACGGUUUGUUUGCAGUACGGUACGAGAAGAAGGUGCCAAUUCUUCACGACAGUCUGCUUUGAUUGCUAGCGGCAAGGAAAAGUCGAAGGAUAAGCUUUCGCAACAAUACGAGGACAGCGAUUUGGGCAUGUCCACUCUCGAUAUUUCUUCGGGACCCAAACCGAUUCCCAUCGCACCGCGCCGACCAGUGAUCGCUUAGCCUGUGAGCCACACUUGAUAUACGACAUUUCUCCUAUUGGCUGCACCAUCGGAUUCGGCCAAUUUUCACAUCUUAACUUACCUAAUGCGGCACAAUUCAACCGUUGUCCGCGGUUCAGAUCUGCAUCACCGAAUGCAGUCAGCAAUCUCAUGUGAUACUUCCCUCACAUGAUCCACAUUUUUUUCGGCGUUUACUUCUGGUUCAUGGACAAGGCUCGAUAUAG